AUGGCGAGCACGCACAACCAUAUGUUGUACAACAGGGAGAUGGAAAGAGUCUUCCCCAAAAAUAGCAGCUUCUGGGCAGUCACUGGACCGAUCAUGACCAGGGAGCAGCGUGCCAGACACCUCCAGGCUAUGGUCUACCUUCCUAAACCGACAUUUCAAUUUGAAGACAGCUUUACCCUUCGAGGAUCACGUUCGGCCUCUUCUGACAUUGUUGGAUCUGUAACCAAGCUGACGAACGCACGCAAGCGCUGGGAGAGUCUGACCAACGAAGAACGUCUGUUUCACUACGCUGAGACCAAUCAGGAAGCGCUCAAGAUGCUUGAAGAGACUCAGAAGAUGGUAGGGGUGCUGGAUGACUUCAAGGUCACGGUCAUCAAUGGGGUCAGCAAAGCCUCAGAUUACAUUCAAGCUCAGCAGGCAGUGCAAGCAGCAUAUAGCGAGAUCAAGAAGCUAUAUUCUGAGUCUGGCCCCAUCCCCAUCUCAAAGGCUCUCCGCCAUCAUGCAAACCAAAAGCUAGACGAAGCCGAGGCUCACCUGACCAAUUUCGUAGUCAAAGAUCUUGCUGCUAAAGAUGACGCUGAGCCUUCCCCCGCUUAA